GUAGUAGUGUCUUUGAAUUUUAGGUGAAAACAAUUAGAAAGCAUGUGUUGACAGAUACGUGGUACAGGAGAAAGGUGUGGUUUUUCGGUGGAUGUGAGGAUGGGGCAGGGGAAAAGCCAGUUCACAGAAGAAGAAUUGCAAGAUUAUCAGGAUCUGACAUACUUCACAAAGAAGGAGGUUUUGUAUGCUCAUCAGAAAUUUAAAUCCCUUGCUCCAGAGAAAGUUGGCCAUAAUAAGAAUGCAAAGUUACCAAUGAGUAAAAUUUUGCAGUAUCCAGAGUUGAGAGUUAAUCCAUUUGGUGAUAGAAUUUGUCGAAUAUUUAGUUCAAGUCAUGAUGGUGAUUGUACUUUUGAGGAUUUUCUUGAUAUGAUGUCUGUAUUUAGCGAUGAAGCUCCAAAGGCUGUAAAGGCAGAGCAUGCCUUUCGCAUAUUUGAUUUUGAUGGUGAUGAUAUGUUGGGAGUAUCAGAUCUGAGAAAGGUUGUGGAACGUUUGACAGGGCCACAACGGCUAAGUGAACAGGAUAUGCAGCACCUUAUACAAAAUAUCCUAGAAGAAGCUGAUUUGGAUGAUGAUGGUGCAUUGUCAUUUGCAGAAUUUGAGCACAUCAUAUCAAAAUCAUCUGAUUUUGCCAAUGCUUUCAGAAUUCGCCUGUGAACGAACCCUGCAGAUUGGUGUGUGGUGGUCUACGCAUUGCUCAACAGUUGUUGCCAAAGUUCAGUCAGUUGAUACUGACUGUAAAACUCUGGGUGCUAGCAGGAAUCUCACCGUGGCUAGUCAUAAUUCAAUAUUUAAACAGAACAAAAAAACUUCUGAGACACAAUUUGUUUUUAUGAACAUUGCAUAAAUAAUUAUGGUGCCAAGCCUUUUCAUGCACAAGAUUUUUUCAGUGUGAUACAUAAAUAUUGGUAAUAUCAAGACACAAAUGAUCUGACAUCUGGGUGGUAAUAUCAAGACACAAAUGAUCUGACAUCUGGGGUUCAUACACAGCCCCAGUUCUUUCAAAGCACAAAUUAUUUAUAAAACAUCUGGAGCAAGAAAGAGUCUCCAUUAUCACAAAAUUCAUUAGAGGGAAGACUUUUAACUUUUAUUGAUCAGUGAGACUUCUUUUUUUUAUAGAAAGAAAAUAUAUGCAAGAGAAUGCAAUUUAUAGCAUGUCAGUCUUCACCACGAGUAUUGAAGUGGCAUGUUGAUGAAAGUAAACUCUGAUUUUCUCAUUACAAGUCAAAACAUUAGAGUAUGUAAUGGUAGUUUGUAAGGGAAGUUAAAAACAUUUUAUUUUCUAUUUUGGGAGUAAAUGGCACUAAAUUGACUGCAAACCUCCUGUAUUUAUGAUUGAAGGGUAUUUAAAGCACACAACUUUAUUCUUGUAACUACUGUGCUAACAUGUGAAAUUUCAGAUUGCAUAAUCAAUAUAUGCAUUUGUUGUAGCCUGGAACAGUAUUUUAAACGUACAAAUAUUUACUACUAAAUACUCAGGAGUAUUCCUAAUCACUGUUUCUCACUGCAGUUAUUUUAUAAUAAUAGUCUUAUUCCUGACAAUUAUGCAUUUAUCUUUGUAGAAGGUUUACUCUAGUCUUGAUCUUUUUUGUGUAAAUGUUGAACAUUGAAAUAUAAAAAUUAAUUAGAAAUUAAAAUGCCUCAGUGUUCUGACAAAUAUGAUUUUUAUGCUGUGAUAUAAAUAAUUUGUAAUGGACA